AAAGACGAGAGGAGCCGAAAACACACGUUACGCACACAGGGCUGCGGGAGGAUUCGGGGAUAGAAGACAAGUGUAAGAGACAGAGAGACAAAGAGAGACAGAGAGAGAGAGACAGAGAGAGAAAGCCCACCGAUGGAACGACAGGAAAUAUAACCGUUUGUCCAGGUCUUGUGCAGGCACCUUAUUCCAUGCCUGUCCUCUGCUGGGGUUUUGUCAUUGAUGGGAAACCACCUGGACCGGAUAACCCACCUCAGCUACAGCGAGCUGCCCACCGGAGAUCCGUCCGGACUGGAGAAAGAGGAGCUUAGGGUUGGCGUGGCAUACUUCUUCUCAGACGAAGAGGAGGAGGUGGAUGAUGCAGGAGGUGGCGGAGGAGGUCACACCAAGGACUCCAGCCAGGAGGUCAGCGAGCUGGAGUACUCCGCCUUCUGCUCCCAGGAAUGCAUCUUCUCCAAGCUCCGCGAAAACCAGGACUUGAGCGUUUACUCUGCCAAAACGUUGCUCUCCAUGUGCAAGCCAGGGGACCUUGUGGAGCUAGUAUCCACGUCACAGGCACCUCACUGGGCCGUGUACGAGCUCAACGACCAGGUGAUACACCUGCAUGAGGGGGAGAUACGGAAGGACAGCCUGACUGAGAUAGGACGGGGCCGGCAUGGACGGAUAGUGAACAGCCGUUACCGGUUCCGACCACUGCCCUCCGACCUGGUGCUGCAGAAUGCCGCCGGCCACCUGGGCCUAAACAGCGGGGACAUCUGCUGGACCAGCUCUGAGAACUUCGCUGCCUGGUGCCGUUUCGGGAAGCGGGAGUUCAAGGCGGGAGGCGAGGCACACUCGGCAGAGCAGCGGUACUUUCUCAAAGUGCACCUCGGCGCCGGGACUCGGAGUGGACACGCGCACACGCUGGUGUUCCGUAGCCUCGAGGAUAUGAUCCGGGAGAGGAGGAGGGUUGACGCCAGUGGGAUUCUGAAGGAGCUCUCUUUAGGGGUCAACGGCGGGAAGGAGUGACGAUUGAUACGAU